UUAAGAUGCAUUCAGAGGGGGAGGAUGGAGGUUACUCUGACAGUGAAAUACAGGGGGAACUUUACUGUGGAGGGCAGACAGGCGGCAUGACAGAGGAGAAAUGUCCCCAGCUGGUGGACUACUUUGUAGUGGCAGGACUCGACCCUGCGGGGCCCUGGAGGCCCCUGGACGAGGAUGGAAAGACCUCCACCAACUCCUCCUCGACGCCCUCCUCCUCUUCCUUGUCUUCGUCGGGCCGGGCAGUGGAGUCGGUGACAGACCUGGCCGUGAUCGCCCGGGGGCUCGGGGAGGAAGUGCCGGAGGGCUUCACCUGCAUUGAGAAGACCCUCGGCGGACACUCGGCCGAGCUGAGCGCCGGCCUCAUCAACAACCCACACCUGUUCCUGUGCUACCGCCGAGGUCGGGACAAACCGCCCAUCCUGGACCUGGGGGUUCUGUAUGAGGGGAAGGAGCCGCUGAAGCAGGGCUGGUACGUCAUCGAGACGACGCCCUACAGCCGCUCGGCCAAUCUGAGCUCGGGCGGCGCCCCGACGGCUCACCGGGUGUUCCUGAUGUACCGGCGGGCUCUGGACUCACAGGGCCUCCACAUGCUGGGCGUCACUGACAUUGCCCUGCUGCUGCCCAGCAAGGGAGAGGUGGCCCCGCACACCUUCUGCCGGGUCGACAAGAACCUCAACACCGGCAUGUGGGGUCCAGCCCUGUAUGUGUGCUACAAGAGAGCUGUGGCCAAAGCCAACGCCCUGGUCUACAAGGCCAGUCUUAUCAGCCGGUACCCAGAGGAGGACCUGGAGGCGUUUCCUCUGCCGGAGUCGGUGCCGGUCUUCUGUCUGCCGAUGGGUGUCACCGUGGAGAGCUGGCCUCUAAACACCAAGUACCAGCUGCCUGUCUUCUCCACCUUUGUCCUCACCUCCGCCUCCGGGGACAAGGUUUACGGCGCAGCCAUCCAGUUCUACGAGUCGUUCUCCAGGGAGCUGCUGUCGGAGCGGCAGAGCGUGCUGCUCGGGCUGCUCAGCGUGGUCGACCGGCGGCCGAUCACCAGCCGCAGCCUGCAGGUGAAGAAGAGCAUCUGCGUCCUCUCCCACUGGCCCUUCUUCACCGUCUUCCAGAAGUUCCUCACCUUCGUCUACAGAUACUCCAUCUCCGGGCCCCACGUCCUGCCGCUUGAAAAACACAUCUCAAGCUUCAUGCACAACGUCCCGUUUCCAUCCCCCCAGCGGCCCCGCAUCCUCGUUCAGCUCUCUCCGUACGACAACCUGCUGCUCUGCCAGCCGGUCUCCUCUCCACUCCCACUCAGCGGUGCAAGCUUCCUGAAGCUGCUGCAGAACCUUGGCCCAGAAAACGCCUGCACGCUGCUGCUCGCCGUCCUCACUGAACACAAGCUGCUUCUGCACUCGCUCCGCCCUGACGUCCUCACCUCCGUCAGCGAGGCCCUCGUCUCCAUGAGCUUCCCUCUACGCUGGCUCUGUCCCUACAUCCCUCUGUGUCCGCUGCAGAUGGCUGAUGUGCUUCUGGCGCCGAUGCCCUUCAUCGUGGGCGUCCACUCCAGCUACUUUGACCUAUAUGACCCCCCCACUGAUGUGGUGUGUGUGGAUCUGGACACCAAUACCAUCUUCCAGCUGGAGGACAAGAAGCCUUUGUUGUGGCGAUCGUUACCCAGGAAGCCCGGCAAGACCCUGUUCAACACCCUCACCAACCUCCACAAGACCCUGGAGAAGAUUUGCACUCCCGGUCAGGAGGAGGCGACGCUGGAGUUCCUGUUGACCGACUACGAUCAGAUCUACAGGAGUCAGAAGCAGCUGGAGCUGGAGAUCCAGGAGGCGUUCCUUCGCUUCAUGAGCUGCCUGCUGCGAGGAUACCGAACCUUCCUGCUGCCCAUCACCCAGGCGCCGUCGGACACCACCACCGACUGCAGCUCCCUGUUCAACUUGCAGGGUUUCCUGAAGUCUCGGGAUCGAACGCAGCAGAAGUUCUACACUCAGCUGACGAGGACUCAGAUGUUCACUCAGUUCAUCGAGGAGUGCUCCUUCGUCAGCGACCGACACGCCUGCCUUGAGUUCUUUGACGAGUGCGUCCAAAAGGUGGACGUGGAGAAGCCGGAGGAGGUGAGGCUGAUCGAUCUGGAUGAGACUCACAGCGGAGAACACACAGUUUUCAUCAUGCCUCCUGAAGAACCUCAGGAACCUGACGGGUCCGAGUGUCCCGCCCUCUACAGUUAUGAAACCUUCCCCAUACUGAAGCCAGAGCUCUUUGACCGGCCCCAGGACCAGCUCCGGGUCCCGGCUAAAGGCAGCGCCCCCAGUAGCCCCGCUCCCAGACGCACAAAACAGGAAAUCAAGUUGGCCCAGAAGCGAGCUCAGAAGUACUCUUCGGUGCCGGACAUGUGGUCCAAGUGCCUGCUGGGUCACUGUUACGGCCUCUGGUUUAUCUAUCUGCCCACUUUUGUUCGGGCGGAGAUUGCUAAGGUGCGCGCGCUGCACACGGCCUACGACGUGCUCAAACACAUGGAGAACCGCAAGGUGGUGCUGCCGGACGAGGUGUGUUACAGGAUCUUGAUGCAGCUGUGCGGUCAGUAUGGUCAGCCGGUCCUCGCCGUUCGAGUCCUGCUGGAGAUGAAGAAGGCUGGAAUCACACCCAACACCAUCACCUACGGAUACUACAACAAGGCGGUGCUGGAGAGUAAGUGGCCCUCCACCAGUCAGGGUGGACGUCUCCGCUGGGCCAAGCUGAGGAAUGUCCUGCUGGCUGUGGCCCACUUCAGACAGCCAAUCAAACAACGGCAGAAGAGCGGCUCGGUGGGGUCACGGGGAGAAGCGAUGUUGUACCCUGACCAGAGGCCCCGCCCCCACUCCACUCUGUUUCGUCAGUCCAGUUGGAGCGCUCUGUCUGAAAGCUCCAGUCACGAGUCUCUGACGGGUUCACUGGUGAAGAGCAACAGUCUGAGCAGCAUGAAGACGCCCGCUGACAAGGGGAAGCAAUGCAAGACCGUCCUCCAAAAUGCAGGCACCAACGGCUGCGGGGACGCCGUCUCCGGUAAACCUCCAAUGGGACGCAGAGACACCUCCACCCCGCCUCCAGCGCCACCCGGCGGUGUCCUGGUUCAGCGGAGUCAGGUCUGCCUCUCCACCUUCUACAAAGAGUGCGCGGAGUCGGCCGACUCCGAGCCGGACUGCAGCUGCCAGCCGGCAGAGAGAGACAGCAGGCCUGUAGCAACGCGCGACUCGGCCAGCAAAAAUAAGGUCGUAGACGAGAACUACAACAACGUCUCCUCCCCAAGCCGAGGAGGUCUGGCAGGGAAACUCCAGCAGCUCCUCACUCCGACCAGACACAGAGUGUCUGUUCGACGAGCCGCCAGCGUGGACGACCGGCGACCAGGAGGAGGGAUAGGACGAAGGGUGUCGGAACAGAGGCAGUCCAGGAAAUCCCAAGUGGCUGAAUCACUGCUGAAAGCUAAGGACAGGCUGGUCAACGCUAACUCAGAGAGUUCGUUGUCUGUAGGAAGUGACCUCGACUUGACGGACAUGCCCAGUCCAGCCUAUCCUCUGCGUAGGUCCUGGGACGCCAAUCAAGAGGGGACAGGGCUCGAGGUGUUGAUGUCCAGCUGCUCUCUGUGUCGCAGCUGUAACUCGCUGGUUUAUGACGAAGAGAUCAUGGCUGGCUGGACGUCAGACGACUCCAACCUGAACUCGUCCUGCCCGUUCUGCUGCGCCUCCUUCGUCCCCUUCCUAAACGCCGAGAUCUGCGACCUCGGACCCCUCAGCAGUGCGGAGCGCAGCAACUGGAACACAGAGGACGAGGUGGAGAGCGCGAUUCGUCCCCCCAGCAGUCAGGAGGCAUCCCUGCAACACCAAUGUAAUGGUCUGAGCGAAGACUCCAGCUCCGAGACCAGCAGCUACUCCGAGAACAGCAGAACUACCACGGGUUCGUCAGUAGGCGGGGCUCCCCAGGUGACCGUGGCCUACGUGAGCCCUCUGGUUCUGAGGAAGGAGCUGGAGAGUCUGCUGGAGAAUGAGGGCGAGGCGGUCCUGGCCCAGCCUCAGUUCUUGGAGAACCACUCCAUCAUCUUCUGGAACCUGGUCUGGUACUUCCAGCGCCUCGGUCUGCCGAGUAACCUGCUGCAGCUGGUUAGAGCCUCACCGCUGGUCAGCCAGUUCACACAGUUGGAGAGCUCAGCAGUGAGAGUGAGGCUCCUCUGGGACACCCUGACCCCCGACACAGACCAGUGGCCCCCCCUCUACAUCCUCUGGAGGAUCCACAGUGGCGUCCCAAUGCGAAGCUUCAGCUGGCGGAGACACAGCCACCCGUUCACCCUGUCCUUCCUGGAGGAGGUGCUGCGGUGGGUCGGCAUGAACGAGGUGCACAAAGCAAUCACCCUCUUUCUGGACACGCUGGCCAAACAUCCGGGUUCCCCCUGGACACAGAGGAGUUUGUACAGAGAGUUCCUCUUCCUCACGCUGGCAGCUAUGGGCAAAGACCACGUCGCUGCAUUUGAUAAAAAGUACAAGGCGGCGUACUCACGGCUCAGCAGCACACUGGGUCGAGAGGAGCUCCGUAAGAAGCGAGCUCAGCCUCCCAGCCCCAAAGCCAUCGACUGCAGACGCAGCUUCCACCCGUCGCUCGAAUGCUGAUCAUCCAGGAGACGAACGUCCCUGAUGACUCAUGCAGCGUUCGUCCCUGUGAGGGGAAGAGGAGGAACAGCAAACCCAUGAUCCCUGCUGCCUUCACCUGCUUGUAUUCUUCACCUCGCCGCUGCUCCCCAAGUGGAUGUCGGAGUGACACGCUCCUCCCUGUCCUCCUUACCUCUGUUUGCCUCGUCGAUGUGAAUCCAGCAGCUAUUUGUCUCCAUUAAAGAUCCUGAACGUUGAUCCGGCUGCGGCAGACGGAGUUGCUCGUACAGAAACGCACAUAAAGCGAUAACACUCUGAGCUGAGAUCAGUCCGUCAGGUGGAGUCCUGCAUCGUCUGAAGGCAAAGAUAACUGGCCUGAGCUCGGGUUCGUGCAUGUCCAGAGGGCUCAGCUGUGUCGGUGCAAAGUUUUGGUUUUAACCUGUUUUUGGAAAAAAUUCCCAACAAGAUGAUUCAAACCAGGACCUGAAAGUCCGUGCAAGCGCAGAGGGAAUCUUCUGGACGAUUGAAAGGGGGGAAAUUUUAACCACAACAUUGUAGGACAUUAGAUUAAAUGAUCAAGGAAGAGGUUUAGGAUUUUAAUAGGAGAUUAAAAAGGCAUGAAACACUCCAAAUGCAACCCAAAAAGAAGCUGCAGACUUCAAACUCCAGGAAACUUUUCUUUGUGUAGCAGAGUGGUUUCUCUUUCUACAAGGGAAUAAAGUCUGAAAUCAAUGUUCAUUUUCAAGAAAGUCGAGGAAAUAACCAAACAAGAAGCUGAGAUUAACUAGACAAACUCCCUGAAACUUAUGAUCAUUUGUUGGGAAUCUAGAAGGCCGACAGCUCAAUGUGAAGCUACUGAGAGUUGAUCUCUCCCAGCAUAAUUAAAGAAGCGUUUUUUUAAAGUCAGAAGACAUCCGUCAUUCAACACCUGAGAAAACAAGAAGUCAAGACUUUUACGCUCCCUGAAACUACAGAUCUUUUUGUUGGGAGCCUUCCCGAGGUUCAAAGACUGUCAGAUAGUUUUUAAUAUGAAGCUACAAGAUAUUUUAAAGGAGCUUUUUCCAGUGUGAUCAUGAUGGCCCCCUUAUGCUUUUGGACAUUGGGACUGAAAAAGACGGCGCCAACGUCUCAACAUUUGUAGGACACAUCAGCUUUGGUUGGAAAAUAAGUUCAGCUUUGGACGGUCAGGUCAGAACUUGUUGUCCAUCCAUCCAAACACAGGAGGAAACUCUUAGUAUCUCUGCAUCUACAAGUUAAUUAUCGUCUUAGCUAGGUUCUUGAUCACUGCCCACAUCUCCCCAGUUUUUCCGAUACUUCAAACAGGUUGUUGUGGACCGCUGUUUCCCCGGUUAGAGCCAAUCAGAGCUUUGUAGGCGUCAUAUUUCUGUGCCAGACUAUUAUAUAUACAGUCUAUGGCCAGAACCAGAAAGUCUUCCUCAGAAAUGGUGGCAGGUGUGGAUGAGAUCUUUGCAGCUGUACAGGUUGUCAUGAACCAGCUUCAAGUAACGACUCGUAAGUCAACAUAAUCCUUUUGAUCGACAUGACAUUCGCUCCCUCUACCACCGCCUCUGUCCAGUGGAAAUGACGGUAAUGGGAUGGAUACGUAACCCUCCAGCUGAUUGGUUAGAGCUAAUAUGUGAAAACAAAUUGACUUCCGGUUGACCAAUUCAGGAAAAAAAUGUACGGUAGUCACGUGAUGUUUGUCAGUUUAAAAGAAAAUUUAAGUCAAUAAAGUCGUAGAUUUUUGUAACCGUCGAAGUACAAGACUGUGAAAAUAUAUAAUUACAAAGAUAUCAAAACCAAAAGAUGCUUAUGUGACGUCAAAACUUUCUCUCAAUGAAGGAAGCUAACGUCACUGAAAUUACUAAAUCUCACAUUACUGAUGCUACUGAUGUUACUAAUGCAAAUGUCAGUGAAGGUAACGUUAUUAAUGCUAACGUCACUGAAGCUAACAUUGCUGAAUCUCACGUUACUGAAGCUCACUUUACUUAAGCUAUUGAGGUUUAUGUUAAUAUUACUGAAGCUAACGUUACUGAAGCCAACAUUACUAAUGCUAAUGUCACUGAAGCUAGCAUUACUAAUGCUAACAUCACUUAAGCUAAAAUCGCUGAAGCUCACUUUACUGAAGCUCACAUUACUUAAGCUACUGAAGCUAACAUUACUGUCACUCAUAUAUUGUGCGAGACGAGAGAUGUAGUUCGUUGAGAGGUUUCACACAAAAUUAAAUGUUGUUUUACAGUUUUCCAACAAUCGACUUUGUUGACUUAAAUUAUCUUUUAACCUGACAAACGUCAUGUGUGCAAUUAAGGACAUAAUUCAAAUGGGAUAAAAAGAUGAGUUGUCUCUCGCCGUUUAAUACCUUACCUUUUUUACAAAAUAAGGUCCCAUGAGGCAGAAGGUAGAGACUUGGGCUCGUUAUUCAUCUAUCAGUAUAAAUCACCAGAAAAACACAAAGAUUGGACAUGUUUGUGAAGCAAUGCAAUGUUUGUUUUUAUUCAUAUUUCCCGCCCCAUUCACUCAUGCAACCCCUUAGAUUUACCUUCAUACCUCAUGGCGGGGUCCCAACCCCUAGGUUGGGAAACCACUGCGUUAAGGAAGUGAUUUCUUUAAUAAAAGAUUUAGCAGCUCGGAGUCGUUGAAAAUUUCCAGCAGGAUUGAGACAGCUUAGUUGAAGAUGUGGUCUGGUUUCAAAGGGGAAACACCUGUUUUCCCAUCUGCAUCAACCAUACAUGAAAAAGGAAGUCAACACCACCGUCUCGGAUUGGAUCUGGUUCUUCUUCGGGACCAGGUAGAGGCUCACCUGCAAGACGCAGCAGUAUAAAGCUGUACUUGUGUCGAAGUGUUGUUUGACAUCAGCUUCUAGUUUUACCUUUCAAUUUUCCACCUGGAUGUUUUCUCAGAGUGGUUUUAUGUGUGGAAUUGAACAGUGCCGCCAUCUUGGCUUAUUUUGGACAUAAGGAUGAUAGACAGAAAUAUGGGGGGAGUCAAAACUGUCUCACUGGUAACAUACCGUAUAAAAGCUUUUAGCAGCUGGAGACGUUCUAACUUCUGAUUAAUGUAAAUUACUGCUGAUGAUGACUUCUGUUUCAUAAUGUAAAAUCUGUAUUAUAGAAAUUGUAGAGUUAUUUAUGACUUUGUGAGAGCUCAUGUAAUAAUGGGAGUCUUCCAAUUAAAGGACAUUUUUCAUCAGCAGGUUAUCAAGAAAUUAAGUCUGUCUCCCUCUUCUGCCCCAUGGGACUAAUUUUGGAAGAAAUAUGUAGGGUAGUCGACGGCGAGGGACAACUGUUUUGAUCGCAUUUUGAAUUGAGUCCUGAAUUACAAACAUGUUUGUUAGUUUAAAAGAUAAUUUAUGUAAAGAAAGUCGCAGUUUUUCGUAAAACUGAAGUAUAGGACUGUGAAAAUAUGUAAUUACAAAGACUACAAACCCAAAAGUCACGUAUGUGACGUCAUAACUUUUUCUCACAAUAAAUGAUGCAAACGUCACCGAAGCUAAUGCUACUGAAGCAAAGAGCUUCUAUGUGAAGAUGUGAUAUAUAACCUAGUGGUGGUGAUGGAGCAGUGGAUAAGACACAUGCCUUUGGUGUGAGAGACCCGGGUUCAAACACCCACCAAUGUGUCCUUGAGCAAGACGCUUAACCCCUAGUUGCUCCAGAGGCAUGCGAACUCUAUCCUAGAUCGGUAACGUUAACUCCGGCAACUGUGCUGUGAACCUAACCUCCUCGGGAGGACCUAUAAUAUACCUCUAUAGCCUACCGACAUUUUGUCCCGUCGGGUUACAGCUUAAUAAAUAUACCCUUCCUAUUUAAAAUUUAAUGUAAUGGGCUACAGCACUUUAUCAUUCAUUAAGGCAAUUCCUGUCUGGUAAAUGAUGAAUGAGCAACGCUGUGUCGUAACUUAGUCUAAUGUUAACGCAUUGAUCCUUCUUCCGGCACGCAUUCAUAUUUUUAGCUUCACCCAAUUUAAAAUGGAGGCUCUGCCUUUAUUUACCCGUUGCCAUGGUGAAGUGAAUAGUAUCGGAGCUCCAUUGCUGAUGGCUUUUUUUCAUCUCCACGCACGAGCUAGAAUCAGGCUCCGCAUAAUAGAGUUGAUUGAACUUAUUCUGAUCAGCUGUUCUGGAACCGAAAAUUCACGAGUUUCCCACCUCAGGCUCAAUCAACCCAGAGCUCAGGGAGAAGCUGCUUUCUGAAACAGGACCCAGGAGGCUUUGGAUUAACCUAGCUAACGUUAGUAGCAAGCAUUACAGCGCUAACAUGUUGGUGGCAGUUAAUUGUUUAAUCCAACGACUCCUGCUACUUUUAUUACAUCUACAAAUGGAAGCUCUUUGAAGUAAGAUUUAGUGACGUUAGCUUCAGUAACUGAGAGAAACAGUGACGUCACACACGCGGCUUUUGGGUUUGUGGUCUUCUGUAAUUACAUAUUUUCACAGUCUUGUACUUCAACAGUUUUAUGAAAAACUGCAACUUUUUUGACUUUGAUUAUAUUUUAAAUAGACAAACAUAGUAUGUAUUUCAGGACACAAUUCAAACGGGAUAAAAACAUUAGUUAUCUCUCGCUGUUAAAUACUGUAAAUGUUUUUCUACGGAAUGAGGUCCCAUGGUGGUCCACCAGAAAGGAUGAGGGACGUAUCUCCUCUUAUCUAUUCAAUUGUGCAGGAGUUAUAACAUGCCCAGCUGCUAAAACGUUGGGAGUAAUAUAGAAAAAUAAGUAUUAUGUUUGUUUUUCUUUUUGAAUUAAAGGGAGUUAAGAAAAUGUCUCAACUUCAGGGAGGGAACGGACACUGUGUAUGUAGAUGCUUAAGAAACCACGUGUUGUUUUCAGCUGUCUGGUUUGGGCUGAGAGAUUUUUUAAAUACACUGAUUUUCUUAUGGAAAUGUAAACAAAACGUCACAGUCAAGUUGUUAAAUGUUAUAACUUAAGACCCUUUUUAUCAUAAAAACAUAGAACAGCUGCGGGUUUCUUAGAAGAGACUGAAGGAAAAAGUGGAACCUAUAGAAAAUGAUUUCACAAAUUCUAAAUAUACAGUUUAAGCUGCAUCUCACAGUCUUAAUCAGCAAAGAAAGUUGCGAACUUCCACACUUACUGCAGGUCACGUGAUGAAAGGUCCACUGGCUUUAGAAGACAGAGAUGCAGCUAAAAACCAAAAUGUAAGUGGACUUUUGAGCUCAGAUUAUUUUGCCCUAACACCAAGAAUAUCACAAAACACACACAUUUUAUUUUGGUCUUUCAUGCAAAGCUACGAAACCUAUACCUCAGCUGCGUUAUGAUUUAGAUUUUGUGAUGCCUCGAAUGUUAUGGUGCCAUUUGAGAUUUAUAUAUGUACACUUUACAUUUCUAUUCACUGUAAUGUCGAUAAUAAUUCAGUUUAAUGUGUCAGGGUACUGAAAUGAGGUCAUUCUAAUGGUUUCUGUUCCCGACAUUGUAGCCCAGGCUAUUAAUUGGAUGUGUUGUUACCAGCAACUCAAUGUUGAGUAAUUUUUGUCGUGUUUCCAAAACCAGACACUCGGUAGAAAGCGACUCGCGGUGUCUGAGCGUCCUGUGGAGCAUGCUCAAUUUGUAGUCGGUCUGAUUUGAUUUACCUAUCUACUUGACCAGUAUGUCAGCUGACCCUUACAGCCUCCUGCUGUCCAUCACUGAGCAGCAACCCCACCAAUAACCGUAUUGCUGCAGAGCAUCUCGGCAGCAGGGAUUUGAAUCUUCAACUUUACAACCACCCCUGAAAUACAUUUGAAUUAAUAACUUUAUUUAUUCUGUAAAGCACCUUUCAAAAGAGUCAGUAACAGGAAAUCAAAUCCAGAAUCUAAAAUAACGUCUAAUCAAUACUUGCAUCACUGCAUCAAUUUAAGAAGAUGUUCAGCUGCUGUUUUUAAGUUGCUCUGUGAAGGAAUAAUGCAAUUUCAGUAACUCAGAUUUGACACCUCACUCUGACUCUGUUUCACCUCUCUGUGCGCGGUAUAGAUCAGAGAAAUCUUCCUGAAAUUGAUCAGUGAGUUCAGGUUUAAUAAGGGGAAUUUAUGCCUGGUUUAAACUUGAUUUUUAAAUCACCAGUAAACCUAAUAAAAACAGGAAGUGUCAGUUGAGAUGUACACUACCUGUCAAAAGAUUUAGAACACCCCGUUUUUCUGUAUGUAAAUAUAGAUAGUUUAAGUCCGGUAAAAGAACACUUAAAAGGUACAAAAGUAAGCAGCAAACUGCCCAAGUUAAAAACAAUGUUUACGUCACCAAAACAGACAUUUUCAUUCAUAUAUAUAUAUAUAUAUAUAUAAAAUUAUUAUUAUUUUUUUUUUAUAUUAAUGAAGGAAGACAGAGCAGCUGGUCAUCUGUUGAUCCUACAGAGAAGUAAUGAGCAAAACUCCACCAAUGUCUGUUUUGGUGACAUAAAACGUUGUUAACUUUGAAAAGUUUUUCUAGUUUUUCCAGUGAAAAACCUUAGAUGUGACAAAAGCAAGCAGCAAACUACCAAAGAAAAAUGGGGGUGUUGUAAACCCAUUGAUUGGUAGUGUAUAUUAAGCGGUACAGUGAUUGAUUAUCUCCGUUCCUUCCCUGCUGCAGCCAGAUGCCCAGCAGCAAAACCGAUCUGUAUCUGCAAACUAAUUUUGCGUGGAAAUAUUGACUGUUUACUGUUUAAAUAAUAUAUUUUUUACAUGUGACAGUUGAGUUUUUUUUGUCUGCUGAUGAGUGAAUAUUGUGUGUGAGUGACGGAUGUUUUUUUUUCCCCCUCCCCUCAGUUUUUAAUGCACCGGACUGCAGUUCACUCAGUUUCAAUUUAAGGGAAUUUGACUUGAAUUUGGUUGUUUUAUUCAUUAGGUGGUUAUUGUCAGAGCCGAGAAGUGUAUUUAAAAAUAGAUAAUUGUGUUUGCUGUUGUAAUUUAUAUAUGGCUGUGUUCGGCUGUAAAUGUUUGUUUUUUUUUAAGAAAACACAAAAAUAAAAAACAGGGAUGAGCCCUAAAUGUC